ACUCUUGUAGGUGAGCCAGCCAGGGCGAGCUGGAGGAGGGAAGAGCCACGCCAGCGGUGAGCGGGGCUGCAGGGGAGGGGCGGCCCAGCUGGCUGGUCACGUGACUGGCCGGGGCGAGCACAGCGACCCGGCGGGACCAGCCUCAAGCAGCAGUGAGGUGUCGGCCCCCGAGCAGCGAGGCACGAGGCACGAGGCACGAGGCACGAGGCACGAAGCACGUGCCACGAGGCUCCAGGUACGACACAGGUGCCGUCCAUCAGUAUGUUCAUUUCCAUCACAAUCAAAGGCCUGCUGCUAAUCAUGUAUCAUUUAAGUGACAGUGUUCCUCUGAGCAACAACACUCGACAGAUGUCGCUGACUGGAAGCUACGCUCCCGCAAUGGAACACGGUGGCCAAGAGCUUUCCGGCAUGAGCCAAGGAGCUACUUCGGUGGACUUGAAAGAUUCAGACAACGACCCAUUGAAACCAACAAUUGAAAAUACGCUAAUGUUGGCGAACGCUACACCUUCUACCUACGUCUUGGAAGCACGAGGAAAAAUCAAGGGUACCGUUGUCGCAGACAGUAAUGGGAAUACCACAGACACUGGCCAUCAGAAAGCACCAACUUCACCCACAUUUGCAAACCAAAUGGUCCCGACAAAUGCCAGUAUGACGACACAAUCUUUGCAGGCUAUCGAUUAUAAUCAUGAUGCACUUGAAGGUAGCGACCAUGCAACGUCAGGAACCUCUGAUCAGGAGGUUGACGGUACUAAUGGCGGGUCGAAAGGCCAACCCAACAACACCCAAUUUAUGGCCAGAUUCAAUGAUUCAACUCCGAUCGGCGAUCUCAGAGCCGUAGUUUCCGCCGAGAACCAAAGCACGCGAGUUACCUUCGUGACGUCGAGCACUCCACGGCCCGUUGACGUCAUCAGCGACGACCAAGUGUCGGUGACCAGCAGGAGCUACUCUGAUCUCAUGCAGACUGUGUCUCCCAGCAGUGGUGAGGAUGGUCCGAGCAGGGACAGUGACACCGGACCGACCAAGAGCCACGUGGAAGCCCUGGCGAGGACCAAGCUAGCCACACACGUCACUGGCCACACGGAGGAGUCCACGGUGAGACAGCAGCCCUCGGUGACCAGCAGGAACUACUCUGAUCACACACAGGCCGUGUCUCCCAGCAGUGGUGAGGAUGGACUGAGCAGGGACAGUGACACCGGACCGACCAAGAGCUACGUGGAAGCCCUGGCGAGGACCAAGCUAGCCACACACGUCACUGGCCACACGGAGGAGUCCACGGUGAGACAGCAGCCCUCGGCGACCAGCAGGAACUACUCUGAUCACACACAGGCCGUGUCUCCCAGCAGUGGUGAGGAUGGUCCGAGCAGGGACAGUGACACAGGACCGACCAAGAGCUACGUGGAAGCCCUGGCGAGGACCAAGCCAGCCACACACGUCACUGGCCACACGGAGGAGUCCACGGUGAGACAGCAGCCCUCGGUGACCAGCAGGAACUACUCUGAUCACACACAGGGCGUGUCUCCCAGCAGUGGUGAGGAUGGACUGAGCAGGGACAGUGACACCGGACCGACCAAGAGCCACGUGGAAGCCCUGGCGAGGACCAAGCCAGCCACACACGUCACUGGCCACACGGAGGAGUCCACGGUGAGACAGCAGCCCUCGGCGACCAGCAGCUACCCGAGCGACAUCCCCCCCACGGCCGAGCAGGCUGAUGGGCCUGGGACCGCUCUCCCCAGCAGCAGUCAGAGAGAGGCAGAUGAGCAAGACGCGGAGUCGCCGGACGGUGACCGGAACCCGGAGGUGAGGCCCGGGUUGUUCGAGGGAGACAUGGUGCUGGACUCGGAGGAGAACAGCCUGUGGAGAGUCGGACUCCGCAGCGACGUGCACAGGAGACGGCUGUGGAGCAACAACACCGUCCCCUACGUCAUCAGUCCUCUGUACGAGCCCGAGGACUACGUGACCAUCUACAAGGCCAUCACCACGCUCAACUUCAUGACGUGCGUGAGGUUCGUGCCGUGGGACGGCCGGGCCAAGGACUACGUGCUGGUGUGGCCCGUCAAGUAUCCCAAAGGGUGCUGGUCGCACGUGGGACGCACCGGUGGGGCGCAGCUGGUGUCUCUGGAGCCGCCCGACCACAAGAGCCGCAACUGCCUGGGCGGGGAGGGCCGAGCCCUGCACGAGCUGCUGCACACGCUCGGCAUAUUCCACGAGCAGUCCAGGGCCGACCGCGACACCUACGUGCGGGUCCACGAGGAGAACAUCCGCAAAGGUUACAAGAAGAAUUUCAAGAAGCAGAGCCUAGAAAAUACCACCUAUGCUUUUGAAUAUGAUUAUAACAGCAUCAUGCAUUAUGGGAAGUAUUUCUUUAGCAAGAAGCGAGGCAAGCCCACCUUGACGGCGCGGCUGGGCAGCAACACCCGGCUGGGGCAGAGGCGGGCGCUCAGCAAGACGGACUGCCUCAAGGUGAACCACCUCUACAACUGCCUCGCGACCAGGCGCUACUACGUCCUCUGCAACGUGCUCGGCAUAUGAGCUCCCGGGACGUCCCAGCAGCAGCCGUCACACACCGCCUCUUUUGUACACCUCUCGGCAAUAAAACUAACAUUUAGUCACA